AAGAACACAUUGACAAAAAAAAUGCGCAAAAACGAGAGGAAACGGCUUCUGACCUUAGCAUUGACAAAAUAAUAGUAAAACUCACGUGAUUUCAACCCCUUCGAACUAAAAGAAGUCCAAACAUGGCAGUUCAUCUUGAAUUCUGGCAAAAGGCGACUUUGCUUCUCUGUUUGUAUGGGUUUUUCAAGGAGAUGAAACCUUCUGAACCGUUCCUCACUCCAUAUUUACGCGCCCCGCCGAAAAACAUCACCGAUGAGCAGUUAGAGAACGAGAUCUAUCCCGUGUGGACCUAUUCCUACCUUGCUGCAUUGUUCUUUGUGUUUGUAUUCACUGAUUUUCUACGAUACAAGCCUGUUAUUAUCAUAGAAGGUCUUGCGUAUCUCGCCACUCGGGUACUGUUGAUCUGGGCCAGUGGCGUGUUAGCUAUGCAGUUUAUGCAACUUGCAUAUGGUAUUGCUACCGGGGCCGAGGUGGCGUACUACUCCUACAUCUAUGCUGUUGUUGAUAUCGAACACUACUUAAAGGUGACCAGCUAUACUAGGGCUGCUGUUCUGGUUGGCCGAAUGAUGUCCGGUGUUGUUGGCCAACUUUUGGUUUCAUUCAGAGUUUGUGACUAUUUGACACUAAACUAUAUAUCAAUGGCCAGUGUCUGUAUUGCUUUUAUUUUUACAUUCCUAUUGCCAUCAGCGACUGGAAAUGUAUUUGGUGUUGGGCAAAACAUACCACAAAAUACAGACUCGAAAGCGGACGGCAAUUGUGAUGAUGAAAUUAUUGUGGUGCACCAAUUGCCAGGCAGUCUUAAUAAUUGUGGCAGGCUCUACAACUCCUGGAAGUUGUCGUUACUGAACAUGUGGCAUGAUUUUAAGGUGUGUUACUCAAAUAAGGAACUGUUAAAAUGGUCACUCUGGUGGUCAUUUGGCACUUGUGGAGAAUUCCAGGUAGAAAACUUUAUCCAGAAUCUUUGGGAGGUCAUCUAUCCAUCCAUGAGCCAUAGGAAGAUCUACAAUGGAGGUGUCACAGCCAUUAGUCAUUUAUUUUGUGUAGGAGUGGCGCUGUUGCUGAGCCGAUUGAAUGUGAACUGGUCAAUAUUUGGUGAAGUUGUGCUCGGUAUUGUAUGUGUGGCAGAUGCCUUUGUACUAUAUAUUAGUGCCCAUACUUCUAGUAUAUGGCUGGCCUACCUGAUGUACAUCCUGUUUCGGGUAGCUUAUACAUUUCUUAUUACCAUUGCAAGUUUCCAGAUAGCCAAGAAUGUUGGCUUGUCCAGAUUUGCACUGGUAUUUGGAUGUAACAUGUUUGCAGCCCUUGCUCUUCAAACCAUCUUGACGACCAUUGUAGCAGACAAAAGUGGGCUGGACCUUAAUAUUAUAGAGCAGUUUGUUGUCUACGGCAGCUAUUUCUUCAUCAUCGGUGCAGUGUUUCUAGCAAAGGGUGUUUAUAGCAUGACCCGCCUUGGUUGGCGGGUAUGCUGGAACCAGCGCCGUAUGUCCCAUGAUGCUUUGCCCCUCAACAAUGACAUGACAACAUCCCAGGAGUCAAUAGAGCAGCAAACAGGAAGUCAAAGUAACAAUGUUAUCUAGAAGAAGAAAAACUCACAACAAAUAGAUUGAGUGAAUAAUUUUUUUCUAUCAUCCCAUGAAUCCAGUUGAACAAAACUAAUUAACUGGAAACAAAUAAGCAGUACAGAUAUGGCCUAUAAGGUUACCUGUGUACCACAGGGAAACUUGAGAUACAACACUGCACACCACAACCUUGUGGAGAAGGCUAGACAAAACACAUGCGUUUAUCUACAUCUGGGUCUUACAAGAUUAUCUUUAUUUGAAAUCAGUAGAAAACUACUAGAAAGCUCAUGCUACAGGUCCAGUAUUUUUAACAUUUAAGGCUUGGUAGCUACCAAGAAAAGUUUGUAGUCUUGCUUUACUUUUAACUUUAUUUUUGUUUUGUUGUUUUAACAACAACAACAAAAUAAUUAUUGCUUGUAUUGAAAUAAUUUUUUUGCUAGUUAUGCAGGGUAGCUUGUUGGUUUGCCUUGAAUGUGUUAGAAGGUACUUCUUACGGUCUUUAGUGUUAACGAGAGCUUGUUUUUUCUUUUCUUUGUAGUUCCACAGAAUCAUGUUUAUUUUCUCUAUUGUGGCUAUUUCUUUAUAAUCGGCGCAAUGUUUCUAGCAAACAUUAAGCGGAUUAGGAUUCAAACAGUUUUUAAAUAGUUAAUAUAGUUUUUAAAACUAAGCCCAAAGAAUUGUUCCAAAAUUAAUGAGAAACACACACAAUAUGCUAAAGGGACAAAGGCUGAUUUUUCUUGAAAUAAAAAAACAAAUGCAUCUUUUAAA